AGAGGGAGGAGAGAUAGCGAAGGGGAAGUUACAGCUGCCUUGUGCUGGAGCGAUCACCGUUCCCUCCCUGACCUGAGGAACUGAACACAGAGUUUAGGAUGGCUCUGGGCAGAUUUCAGUAACCACACACUGCCAGCUAAUGAGGUGGAGGAUACUGUACAGAAGUAAGAUUUUUCACAAGGACUAAUUUUGCAUAUAACUGAGGCUGUACCACUCAAAAUAAAGCAUGAGAUCCAAAGGCAGCGGGGUGGAGACUCCGGCCAAUGGCGUGCUUGGGGUCCCACAGAGUGAGUCGGACAUCAGACAGGAGGAAGACAUGGGCUUGUCCGUGAAGAGCCUCAAGGCCAAAGUCCAGCAGAAGGAGCCCGAGGACAAACUGGAGGUUGAGGUGAUUUCAGAGAAAGAGGUGUGUCUCUUGGACAAGAGUGAAAACAAAAACGGCAUAGUGGAUUUGUCAAAGAAGGAUCUGCUCAAACUGCUGGGCAUCAUGGAGGGAGAGGUUCAAGCCAGAGAAGAUGUCAUUAGCAUGCUGAAGUGCAAGCAAACUUCUCCGGAGGCCCUCGAGUCUCGCUAUGGCUCUGCCACCCCUGCUUCAGCUCUGCAGGCUUUGCAAAGAGACAGUAUCGUCACAGGCACUAAACAUCACCAACCCAGUGUUUACCAGAAACCUAUGGUGGAGCUGGAGCGUCUCCAGGAGAAGCACAAAGACACGUACAGGAGGAUGUUGGGUCAGCUGCUGCUCGCGGAGAAGUGUCACCGCCGCACCGUGCACGAGCUGGACACAGAGAAACGCAAACACGCAGACUACAUGAACAAGAGCGACGACUUCACCAACUUGCUGGAGCAAGAGAGAGAAAGAUUAAAGAGACUCUUGGAAACUGAGAAAGCCUACCAGGUAAAGAAGGAGAAGGAACACUCCAAGAGGCUAACCAAGGUGAGGGAGGAACUGGUCAAGCUGAAGUCCUUUGCCCUGAUGCUGGUCAAUGAGCGCCAACAGAACCUGGAGCAAAUGGACCAACAGAGUCAGCGGGUCCAGGAGCUGAGCCAACAGUUGCAGCAUCGAGAGCAGGCUUUGAAAGAAGAAAAAGAUCGGGCACGUGAGGAUGGGCACAGGCUGCAAAAUCUAGAGACUGACCUAAAGGACAAAUCUGCCAAACUGAGCCAGCAACAUGAGGAGAUGAGCACCAAAUUAGCCAAUCAUGAAGCCAACAACCGGCAACUCAAUGCCAAAAUUCUAGCACUGAAUCACAAAGUGGAAGAAUUGGAGUCACAAAACAGUGCACUGAAGAAAUCCGAAGAGGAACUGAUGGAACUUAGAGACAAACUGAGCAAAGGAGAAUGCAGUAACUCAAAUUUGACCACAGAGUUGGAGAAUUUGAGAAAACGGUUGAUGGAAAUGGAAGGAAAAGAUGAGGAGAUCACAAAAACUGAACAUCAGUGUAAAGAGCUGAGAAACAGGCUGCAAGAGGAGGACUGCAAAAGCAAAGACCUCAGGCUGGAGGUGGAAAAACUUCAGGCGAGAAUGAUAGAACUGGAGAAGUUGGAAACAGCGUUCAGCACCAGUAAAGCCGAGUGUGCGCAGUUACACACAGCACUGGACAAAGAGAAGGGCCUCUCCAAAGAGCUCUCAGAUGAGGUUGUAGCGCUCCGCAUUCGUUUAAAAGAGUUAGAGUCUUCAGAACUGAAACUGGAAAAGUCUGAGCUAAGCCUUAAAGAUGAUUUAAGCAAGCUAAAAUCUUUGACUGUCGCCUUGGUGGAUGAACGCAAAGGUCUGAUGGAGAAAAUCAAAUCCGAUGACAAACAAAAGGAGGAGUUGAACAAAAUGGUGGAGGUGGAGCAGGGUAAAGUUAUGGAUGUCACUGGGAAGCUUAUAGAAGAAAGCAAAAAGCUCUUAAAACUGAAAUCUGAAAUGGAAACCAAAGUGCAGACGCUUAGAAGUGAGAAAUGUGAUCUGGCAACAAAACUAGCUCAUGAAUUAGAUGUAAAUAAGGAUCUUAAUUCUAAGAUUACCCAAAUGAAAAAGAAGAUAGAUGGAUUAGAGGCAGAGAAGUUGUCUGUGAAGAAUUCUGUAAAGAGUGACUUGGGAAGAAUGCCUGAUUCACUCAAACAAGACAACAAAGUCAAGGAGCUGACAUUUGAGAUUGAGCGUCUGAAAAAUCGGCUAAAACAACUUGAGGUGGUGGAAGGAGAUUUGAUCAAAACAGAAGACCAAUAUGACAUGUUGGAGAAAAAGUUUAUAACUGAACAGGAUAAAGCCAAUGUUCUUUCUCAGCAGGUUGAGGAGAUGAGGAGUCAGAUAGCACGCAACAAAGCCAUAGAAAAAGGUGAAGAAGAAAGCCAGGAAGAGGAUCUCAGGCAGCGAUGUAGGAACGAAGAGGUUAAGAACAGAGAACUACAGGCUGAUGUUGUAGCCCUGAAGGAAAAAAUUCACGAACUCAUGCACAAAGAAGACCAGCUUUCCCAGUUACAAGUGGAUUAUUCUGUUUUACAGCAAAGGUUUUUGGAGGAAGAGGAGAAAGCCAAGAACAUGGGCACUGAGGUCUUCCACCUGACUAAAGAACUAGAGAUAGUCAAGCGCCACAGUCGUGCUAUGAGGCCGAGUACGAAUGGCAGAAGAAUGAUGGACAUAGCAACGACAUCUACUGGAGUACAAACAGAAGGGCUCUCCAAUGGGGCUGCAGAUGAAGACACCCCUGCAGUGUUUAUAAGAAAAUCUGUUUUGGAGGAGAAUCACAUCAUGAGCAACCUUAGGCAAAGAUGUCUCAGAAAACCGUCCGAAAAAUCUAUUGAGCGCUUACCAUCAUCUGGCAGCGAUCUGAAAAAAUCAUGGAUUCCCUGGAUGCGAAAAAAGGAUAGCGUUACCCAGGAUACCAAUCUGGAAAAGCACAUGAAUGGAGAUGCCCUACCAUCUGAGCUAACCAUGACCCAGAAGCAAGGCCAGCCUCUGCAUAUACGAGUUACACCAGACCACCAAAACAAAACAGCAACUCUAGAAAUCAGCAGUCCAACUGAAGAUGCAUUUUCAAGUUCAGUCCCUCUUAGCCCUAACCCAUCUCAUUCCCAACCGAAAUCCAGGAUCACUAUCAUUCCCACUGCUACUCCUGGUCAUAGGAGGUCCGGAUUUGGUUGCCAUGUUCCAGAAAGAGCCAAAUCUCCAGUGUCUAUCACCACUAUUUCUAGAGCCAAGUCUCCAGAAAGCAGCAGAUCCUCUUCCUCCGCCUCCAGCAGGCCUUUGUCCCCUGUUUCUAUCAUGACGGUCAGCACUGUGGUUCCUGAAGGAUCCCCCUCUCCUGAGCCCCAAGAGAUGACUAUGGGACGGGCUGUUUUUAAAGUCACGCCUGAGAAACAGAUGGUUCCUAUGCCGAUAAGAAAAGGCCCUAACAACAGUAACAUCAUCACCACGGAGGAUAACAAGAUUCACAUUCACCUUGGCAACAACCCAAAAAUGGCAGUCAGGCAGGUGGCUUCAACAGCAGAGAACAAAGAGAUGACCUUAUCAACCGGGACAGUCCUGCGCUCCCCUCGGCAAAUCACAACCACUACAACAACAGCUACAAGGAGCGCGCAGAGCAAAGUCAUGAGCAGCAUCACCAUUACCCCAGUUUCAUCAGCCACCUCCAGACAUACACAAAACACGGCUGCACAGGACACUCAGGGGUCUCGCACAGGGCUGACUCGAAUCCCAAUGUCCAAGAGCCUCAAGACGGGAAAGGCAGUGCUGGGAUCUCUGGGAAUCUCUAGUGGAGUAAAAAUGGAAAGCCAGUCUAUGAAAAUAGAGGUUAAAAAGUCCAUAGCUAGUACCACUUUGGAAAAAGGAGUAAAAUUUUGAUAUAAAAAUGACAUUGAAAUGUUAUAUUGCCCUCAUCUAACCUAAGCAUCUGAUGUACAUGUGCAUAUAAAUAAUUUGUAUGUCCUCAUUUAGAUAAUCAUAAAUACUUGUAUCUAGGCUAAAGAUGUUAUUUAUCUUAUCAAUAUUUCAAUCAUACUUAAGUGUAAGGUUUGCAUUUUUGUCAUACAGUGAUUGUGGUGGGUUUUUAUUUUCACACUGAGCUGCUACUAACUGCCUUUAGUUUUG